UUCUUUUGCAAAUUUGUCGCAUAAGUUUAUUGAGUUUUCCUAUCACUAUAUGUCAUAUUGUAUGUGUUUAUUAAUCCUGGAUACGUUUUUAUUUUGAUGAUAUAAUAAUGGCAAAUGUUUAUUAAAUGACGUUCAUUAUAACUAAAGUAAUAUUGUUAGAAUAAAAAUGCAGGUAUUCUGAAUUUUAAGCAAAAAGAAACAGAUUCGCAAAGACGGGAGUACAAUUGGUGCCCAUAUUGUUGUUAAGAGAAGUUAUACUUAAUAUUAACUAUUAAUAGCCUUGAGACGACGCCUUGUUUCUUGGUUAGUAGUAUAAAUUUUCCAUGGAGGGUAGGGUAGGGUAGGUAAAAUGGUAUCGUGUCAGUUCAGAGUAGUUGGUAAGCCCAAAUUGAAGCAGAUACAAAGCAAUAUCUCUGAGGAUAUUCCACCAUGUCUUACUGUCUUUUCCUCUUACAAAGCUUUUCACACAUAUUUGCACAUACGUGCAUGAAACCAGCACGUGUAAAGGAUGCUCAAGAAUUCUCCCUGUGUUUAUUGCAACUGAUCGACACAGACACAUCCUCUAUCCACCGAAGGAAUUACUAGAGCAACCGGCAGAAUGAUGCCUCGAGUGUUGGUGUACCUUUGUCUGGGAUUAGCAGGACAAUGCCUUGCUGACGACGAUGACGACAGGGUUGUGAGGAAACCAUAUGGGAUCGCAAUGUGCCGUCAACUCUGCCACGAGAUCGUCGACUGCGGCGUCUACAUGUUCUCAUGGUCGAGUCUCAGUUGUUGUAUACCACUGUCAAGCUCUGGGAACUGCCAUGAUGGUAUCAGUCUUUUGCCAGAUAAUAAGCAAAUUGAAGCCAACAUCAACCUGACUUCUACUGGAAGCUGCCAACAGAAAGUGCGGAGAGUGAUCUUAAGCAGGACGAAGGGGCGUCACUGCGUCGAAUGGAAAUCUGAAGUUCACGAGAAGAAGAAACAUCUUCUUGGGCUGCCGCGUCUGUUGCUAACCCCUCUUAGAAUCAACACAGUGACUCAAUUCCACCAACUACAAAUAAAUACUAGCAUUCAGGAGGAAUAUCCCUUCAUUCAAAAUCCCAGGAGGGUCAGGACGAUUGGUUAUAUACCUUCUCUGAAGAGGAUUGUUGUUGACAUGGAACUAACACCGGUCCUUUCCUCAUUUGCUAUAGAUAGUUCUGACCAAACGAUCCUAAAGAAAGGACUCUUGACCACUGCUAUGUGCGUGGAUGACCAGAAACAACUUGUAUUUGUUCUUGUAAACAUAAAACCGAAAUUGGGCAUAUGGCGUGUUCCGGCGAAUGGAAGAAAUAUUGGACAAAGUUUGAUUUUCCGAGGGAAACUCUUCUCAUCUUUCUCCAUUGACAUCCAAACUGAGAGGUUCUAUAUGUUUAAGGGAUCGGGUUUAUAUUCAUCUAAAUACGAUGGAAGUGACAUGGCUCUUCUUCGGAAGCCUCUCAGCUCACGUUUGUCCCUGUUUGAUGACAUUAACCGGAAUCUGUAUUACAUCAAAAGCUAUGUGCUUCAUAAAGUAUCCCUUUCGAACAAUAUAACUAGUAGGUUACAACCGCUUAAAUAUCCACCUGCUGCUCUCGUUAAGUAUGGCGGGCACAUUUACAUAAGUUUCUAUAAUACUCUACAGAUUGGUGUUUUGAAUUUGGGCACUGGAAAUUAUGAAUAUUUAGAAACGGUGAACGUCAGUUGGACAGCAUAUGCUCUAACCUUUUGCAUAUUAUCCUAACGGUAUUUAGCAUUUUUACUGAGUGAGUUCGUAUAGGAUUGCUUCUUGCAGUAAUGUAACAAUGUAUCGAGCAUCUUCCUGGUUAAGCAGAUUUAAGAAAUUUGUCCAUUUUCAAAACGACAACAGUAAAGAAAUUCCUAACUUUUGUCUAUCUGACCAUGUUUGCAUUUCUUGUGUUUUAUAUUGAAAAUGACAUACAUAUCUGCUUUAUACUUGACUUGCGUUAAGUUUGCGUUUGAGAAUAUUUAUCCAAGUCUGCUCUUAUUUCUUAUGAAGGACUUCCCAACAAAGAUAACAUUACAUGGCCCGAGCUUAAAGACUCAUUUUUAAAUGGUAUGGUCUCACAUAAAUCCAAAUUAUAAAUCGCACAAUAUGCCCUAAUCGACAGGAAACAAAAAGAAAACGAGGACUUUCGUUUAUUUCUUCAAUCUAUUCGACAUGAGGCUUCAUUUUAGAAAUGCAACGAUUGCCAAUUCAUAAGAGACCUCAUUUUCAGAAAUUCCCUUCCUCACAUGUUCAGUUUAUUGCCACUUUGUUCGACAUGAUAGAGAGUGCCGUGGUAGCAGAGGGCAUACAUCAAAUGUAUAGUUUGGGGUAAUCCUGUUCAUCAUCUCGUCUAUGAAAGUUUAUCCGGACAGACUACAUGAAGAACAGCAGAAGCCAACAAAUCACGUUCAACCCCCAACAAAGCAAUGCAUUCACCCAACCCCUUUCUUUCCAGGGUCAGCCUCCAGUCUUUGUAGAUGUGUUCAAUUUGUCCCUGUUUUGAAACGACGAUGUUAGCAGACAGACGAGCGUACACCCAAUGUAGUACUAUAGUAUAGAAUGAAUCCUAGAGUCUUACAACGGACCAUAACGCCAACAAAGGGCAGGUAACUCUAAACGUAGCUCCUCAGCUUACUCUUAACAGGUGAAAUUACAUGUACAUAGCCAAAGUUCAAGAUGAACGUUCAAAUCCACACUUAGCUCUUUAAACUUUUGUGAGCCAUAAUAACUAAAGGUUAAUUAAUGUGACAUUCUAAUCAACAAAACCACAUUCUGAUAACACGUUGUUUGAUUAAUAAUUAAAGUAUGAUAUGUGUUAAAAUAUGCCUGGGGUUGACUCGUAAUGAUCAAUUUAAAUAUGAUGCUUGAUAUGAUGUUAUGAUGACAUGUCUGUAUGAUCUUGAAUGGCGUGGCGAGAAAAGAUGAGAUACGGGUAAACUAGGAGAGCCAUUAAGUCUGUUUUUAUGUCUUUGUUUAUGAGGAUGGUGGGGUAGGGGUGGGGAUGCGAGAAAGCAAGCGAAGGAAAGAAAGGUAGAGGUGAUAUUUCGCUGUUGUUAGAAUGAUAGAAAAUGAAGAUCUAUUUCAUGUUGAGAAAGGGCAUGAUAGACGAGAGGGUAAGUGUUUAGAGAAAAAGAGAAGAGCGAAAACGGACUGCUAUCUUGAUGUGACAGUAAAUGACGAUUACAUGUCAUGAACCACAGAGCACUCAUUAAUGGAUGUGUGAACAUACCCUGAUGUGUUGUCGUAUUAUUCUACAUGGAGUAUAGACAUGUUUGUAUAAUCCCUGUGUUAUGCUAAAAUAUAUGUAAGCAUCAGGUUGGUAUAUUGUGUACGUUAGAGGGCAUCAUAUCGAUAUAUUGUGCAUGUUAGUAAACAUCCUUGUUGACAUAUUGUGCAUAUUAGUAGGCAUCAAUGUCAAUAUAUUGUGCAUGUUAGUAAACAUCAGUGUUGACAUAUUGUGCAUGUUAGUAGGCAUCAAUGUCAAUAUAUUGUGUACGUCAGUAGGCAUCAGUGUUGACAUAUUGUGCAUGUUAGUAGGCAUCAAUGUCAAUAUAUUGUGUACGUCAGUAGGCAUCAGUGUUGACAUAUUGUGCAUGUUAGUAGGCAUCAAUGUCAAUAUAUUGUGCAUGUUAGUAAACAUCAGUGUUGACAUAUUGUGCAUGUUAGUAGGCAUCAAUGUCAAUAUAUUGUGUACGUCAGUAGGCAUCAGUGUUGACAUAUUGUGCAUGUUAGUAGGCAUCAAUGUCAAUAUAUUGUGCACGUUAGUAGGCAUAAAUGUCAAUAUAUUGUGCAC